UCUUAGCAGACAGAACUCAAAGAUACAGAGAUACAAAGAUACGACAAAAAGUUAGAACCCGAAAAAGUGACUCUAUUUAAAUACCUGUUCAGUGACAAGUGCAACCCAAACCAAACAAAAACUAUGCGCGGCAACAGUAUACCCCACGUUCUGGGACUGGGACUCCUUCUGCUGACUACUAUCUGCCUCCUGCCCACUCCCACGGAGAGCUACGCCAUCGGACAGUCAAAGUUCGGACGGAUCGAGAAGUUCCCCUACCAGGUGAUGCUCAUUGGCAAGCAGCUGUGGCGCAAGCGCAUUCUUUGCGGUGGAACCCUGCUGGACAGGCGCUGGAUCCUCACCGCCGGACACUGCACCAUGGGGGUGACCCAUUUCGACGUAUACCUGGGCACCAAGAGCGUGGAGGACACCGAGCAGCUGGGAGGACUGGUCCUGCGCUCCAACAAGUUCAUAGUCCACGAAAGAUUCAACCCGGAGACGGCGGCCAACGACAUCGCGCUGGUAAAGCUGCCCCGGGACAUUGCCUUCACUGCCAGGAUUCAGCCCGCUGUCCUGCCCACGAGAUACCGACACGACCAGUUCGCGGGUACGAGUGUGGUGGCCAGCGGAUGGGGCGCCACCGUGGAGAUGACGAACUCGGACUCCAUGCAGUACACCGAGCUGAAGGUGAUCUCGAAUGCAGAGUGCGCCCAGGAGUACGACGUGGUCACCUCCGGUGUGAUUUGUGCCAAGGGCCUGAAAGACGAGACAGUCUGCACAGGGGACUCUGGCGGACCACUGGUGCUCAAGGAUACUCAGAUGGUGGUGGGCAUUACCAGUUUCGGGCCCGCCGACGGCUGCGAGACGAACAUCCCAGGCGGCUUCACCCGGGUAACCCACUACCUGGACUGGAUCGAGAGCAAGAUUGGGGGGCAGCGCCACCAUCAGCCCCAUCAUGCAUACGGCUCUGAUAACCUUAUCUAAAAUGGGACAACCUCUUGCCCCAGGGCCCUUCGACUGAAUCUCUAGCUUUACACCCGAAAAGCAGUUCUCCAAUCUUGUGAUAUACCUCUCAUUGAAAAUUUGUACAUUUGUUUUUAGCCAUAACUAUUUAAACAUCUAUAUUUAUUUUUUAGUUUUAAGAUGAUGCCAAAACCGAAAUGCCGACCUCAGCGGCUAGAAAACAAAAAGAAAGCAUCGAAUGCAAAAUAUAAAG